AUUCUUAUUUCUCAGUUCCAGUCAGUUAUAUGUUACCUUUACAUGAGUCCUUACUUUUCUUUCCCUGUAUUUCUAAUAUCUAAUAUGGUAAUAUGGGGAGGGGGGGGGGGGGGGUGAGGGGACUGAAAAUUUUGAUUGCAACAUUUUGAAGUGCAUCAUGGCCAAAACUCUGCUCUAUUUUCAAAUCAAUUGAAGCUCAAUUGUUUUGAAAUAUUGCUGGUGGGAGCCCCUUUGCCUUGUGUGGAAUUUUGGUUGCAAAUUAAUGCAUAAUAAUGCAUGCCUUUCGAAGUUUUGUGUUGAACUUGACUGAACAUAUUCCUGUAGUAUCACCAAGGUAUUAUGCUAUACUUUAUAUAGAUAGACCAAUACAAAUCUAUCUGUCUCUAUAGAUAUACAAUGCAGAUGUUGAAACCUUGAGCAAAACCCAAAGUGCUGGAGGAACUCAGUGGGUCAGGCAGCAUCUGUGAAGGGAAGAGCCAGUAUCUGUGAAGCGAAGAGACAGAUGACGUUUGAGGUUAGGAAAGGUCCUGAGCGUAAACAUCAUCUGCUAAUUCCCUCCACAAAUGCUGCCUACGCACUCGGUUCCUCCUGAACUUUGUAUUGCUUUCUGCCCCUGUACCUGUACAUGGAUCCUCUUCAAAGCAAAGUCCGUGCAGGAAAUACUGAAGAACAUGUUGAAACCUAUGGAUAGUGAAGGGGUGGAGUGAAGGAGUAAAGGCAGAAAUGUGAGGGGAAAGCUAACUGAAGAAUAAACGUUGUAGAAAUUGUAAAGAUAUGCAGCAAAAGAAACACAUCAGUAGUGCAAUGCAGCCCACAUCGAUCAACAAUGAAAGUGAAUAAUACAGUGUUUGUAAAUUGAUAAAUGGUACAUUGAAUAUUGUAUUAUUGCCCUAAACAUAGAAAUAUUGUUGCCUGUAGUCAUUCUUAAGAAGUUGAAAGGCUUCCAAAACUGUUGGCUUUUGUGUAUUCUUCAAGUACAAGUGACAACUGAAUGAAGAAUUGGAGCUGCAUGAAUCUAAAAUUAUUCCAAAUUGUACUGGGAUGUACAAGAACUAUUUGAGUGUUUACUGAAUGAAAAGUUGCGCUGAAAAGACUAGUUAAAGACAAUAAUUUUCUCCACUUAUCAGUUCCCCUUUUAAUAUUUUGGAACCUCAAUUCAAAAAUGAAACCACCUUUAUAUUUGGGAACUACCACUUAAUGCUUACGCAAUCUUUGUACGUUAACUUCUAGUUUUCAGGUGUGUGUGCAUCAUACUAGCAAGUAAUAUUUUCCUCAUGGAGAAAGCCUAAUAAAUUAUGAAAGGAAAAAUGAAGAAAUUUACUCAAGUUCAGCCAAUGUGGCCUUCACAUGAUCACAUUCCUUUCUUUUACAUCUUUAUAUCCACGCCCAAGGUUAGGCUGUCAACCAAUACCUGGUAUAAGCUAUCUGAGCCUUGCACCUGCUUCCUGAACUUAGUUUUCAAUUGAAUCUUUUUAGAUAAAGCUGCAUUUUAGACCAGUACUAAUUUCUUCUCAUUUUAGUCACAAUCAUGCCAUCGCCAUUUCCUGCAGCUGUGGCCUUGUCCUUUCUUCUCGCAAUUUGGAAUGGUAAUAAGAUUCCUUUUGUAUUCGCCAACAAACAAGCUUUUUAGACAUAAUGUAUAACCGUGUAUCUCCUCUGUCAGAACCUCCUGUAAUGCUGAGGCAAAUCAUAUAUUUCUUCCUCCCUCAACUUUCUCUGAAUGAGCUUCCUAUUGAAGUAUAAUAGGAAUGGAUGCUUAGGACUGAGAUAUGGAGGAAGUUCUUAAUUGAAUUGGGAUUGCAUUUAAAUUCUCUACUCUGCUCAGUUCGGUAUAUUUGGGACAAGCCAAUGUAAUUUAUGUGCCAAGGAAUAUGGAAAAGUGUGGGAAGGUGUGGAAUUGAGUGGCUUAUUGAAUAUUGGAGAAAGUUGAAUGACAUGCUGUCAUGUUUAUUUGCCAAGUUUGGAUGAGUCUCUGCUGACUUCCAAUCAAUUGCAGACCUUGCUUUUUCUCUCCUUUUGUUUGCAGGGAGAUUGCCAUCUGCUGGAAAAUGUUUCAGCUGUCAUCUCAUCCACUCCAAACAAAUAUUUCUGAAGUUUUGUCGCCUGCCCUCCAGACAAAUACAUUAAAAUAUAUAUUUUAUUGGAACUACAAACAUACAGUCCAAUGAAAUCCCUAAAGAUAGAGUGUUUAAAAUAUGAGGAUUUUACCCCCGGAUCCAAUGUACAUGGUAGAAUACAUUAUCAUACUUUCAUGUGUCAGUAGAAAUUCAAAGAGUUGUAGAUUGUUUUGGGGCAUACUUUGUUUAAAAGGGAAUAGAUAGUCUCUGAUUUUAUAUCAUUUGCCAGGAUGAAAAUCUACUUCUGUCACAAGAUUUGGUGAAAUUUCUUAUUUGAACGAACCAAUUUGUUAUGAACUGUGGGCAGUUCAGUGAAACAGAAUGUGGAAUGUAACACUUAAUAAAGUUUUAUUCCAUUUAAAUCUAAAUGUAAUUCAAGUAUAUGUUUGAGGGAGACCUGAUUAGGAAGAAUAAAAUCCUAACACCAUAGUUUUCCUUGUGAAGAACACUUGAGAAAGAUAAAUCAAAGGUUCUCUCUUCGCUAAAAUAUGAAACUUCAAUGUACCAACCUAUACAUGUUUGUUCUAAUAUUGAGCUAGCUUAAUAUAACAUUUCACCUUCUUCUACUUGCCUAUAUACAAAAUAUCCUUUAGUCACUUAAUUAAAAUGAUUUGAUCAUUGUUAUUUUGCUGGCAGAGUUAUGUUGUUCAAAUCAAAUUAUUUUAAUGCAAAAUAAUUAGGAUUAGGUUAAGAUCUUGAAUAGACACAUCCAUUAAUUAAUCGCACAACUGAGAUUUUAGUUUAUAUUGCUACUAAUGUGAGCUGGAAAUAAUUUUUGGUAAUGCCAUGCAUUACUGUUUUAAUAGUUUGGUUGAGUCAUAUUGAAGACUGAUAGAAAGAUUUUCAAACUAAAUACCAAACCAAAUUCAGGGCUGGAAUCAUAAAUUUGGAAAAAUGGCUCUGGUUAUGACAUAAGACACCAUAUUUUAUAUAUCCUUGAAUAUUGCCAUGAGUAUUUUGUUACCUUUGGGAGGAUGCUAUGAAUGACACAUUGUUUAAAAUUUAUAUUUUUUACUUUUUUUUAAAACGAGUAUCAAACCCAAAAUAUUGUUGGUGUUUUGUAAACCCAUCCUGUGACGUGAUGCACUGUAAUAGAUUUAUUUGGUUCUUUUGAAAAUAUUUACAUCUUCUGAAGAAACGCCUCUACCGCAAUCUCAUACACAAUCUAGGCUGGUGUGUAGGUAUACUGGGUGGAAAUUGCAACACUACAACUAGCUACAAGCCCAGCUUACAAGUGCCCAAUCUUUGAAACAACCCCUUACAUAUGAAUAACCAUAUGGGAGACUGGCUUAGUGAAUUUGCUGGUUGCUGAUGGACUAGGUAUUUUUCGCCGAAUGCAACUGUCCAUUACAUUGGCAAGACCUGGUCUAUACUUGGUCUUGCCAAUGUAAUGGACGCCAAAUCCCUUGCCAAUACUAGGCCCUUGGAUAUCCACUAUUUAGUAUGUUGUGGUUGCAAAGAUAAUGUAAAUAUAUUUAAGUUUGCUGUCGUUACAAAGGUAGGUACAAAAUAAGCUAGUAGGAUGCAAAGUCAUAUUGAAGGUUUAAUGAGCGAGCAAGAAGAUAGCAGAUGGUGUGAAAAGAGAAAAUGUGAAAUUAUGCAUUAUGGUAUAAAAAACAAUUAAAUGGUGAGAAACUUAAGUAUUGAUAUGCAGGAGUAUUUGAUGUGUUCAUCCACGAGAUGCAGAAAAUUAAUAUACAGGUAAGCUAGCAAUAGGAAGCCAAACUUCACAUUGGCCUAUGUCAUGUGGUGAGAAGUUACAGGUAUGUAUUCUCACUGAAAGUGUGAGUCUUCAUUUUGUAUGCUGGGUAACUUUGUUCUCCGUAUGUAUAUGUAUAUAUUUUUUGGAGUUGUGCCAAGUUGAUUCACUAUAUUGAUUAUGGGAUGAAAAGAUAGUCUGUUGAGGAGCGAUUCAGUAUGAUUUGGCUUGUAAUUCAGAGGAAUAACGGGAUGAUUCCAUUCAGAUAAACAAGAUUCUGAGAGUGAGAUAGUUAGCUGUGGGAAAGUUAUUUCCUGUAGCUGGAGAAUCUAGAACUGGAGAUUGAGGUAGGGGGAGGAAUGGGAAGAGGUUUACAAACGGGGGAGCAAAAUCUUCUAACAGAGAUUAAGAAAUUUAUAUAUGUAAAAAUGGGUGCUAAUUCAAUGUUUAGUAACUCAGAGGACAAUGGGAAGUAUUCUAUUAUGUAAAGAUGAUAGAUUGUUAGACAGCAGGGAAGUGGGAGUAUGUGAAGAUGAGAGAGUAGGAUUGAGGCAUGGUUUUGGCCUUGAUUGAAUUAAAUGGUUAAGGGCUGUACUUAUUUACUCCUUUGAUUUUGCAUGUUUAUUUUGUGAUUACAGAAUCAUCAAUGGUUGUACCUAGAACAUAGAACAGUACAGCACAAGAAUAGGUCAUUUGGCUCACAGUAUGUGUGCCAAUCACGAUGCCAAGACCAAAGACCCCUGUGCCUAUCCAAAAGACUCUUAAAUGCCAUUAUCGUAUCUGCCUCAACCACCAACGCCAGCAGCAUGUUCCAAGCACACCACCCUCUGUGUAAAAAAAGUUCCCCGAACAUCUUUAAACUUUGCCCCAUUCAUCUUAAAGUUAUGUCCUCUGGUAUUUGAUUUCCCCCACCCUGGGAAACAUGUCAUAACUUAUAUUUCCAUCGGGUCUUUCCGCAACCUCCUGAAAAAACAAUCCAAGACUGACAAACCUCUCACUGUAGCUAAUACCUCCUAAUCCAGGCAUCAUUGUAGUAAACUUCUGCGCCCUUUCCAAUGCCAAUAUAUCCUUGCAAUGGGACAACCAGAAUUACAUGACAUAUUCCAAAUACCGCCUAAGCAAAGUCCCUAAAAGCUGCAUCAUGACUUCCUGACAUAUACAAUGCUCCUUGCUAUUUGUAUGAUUUAAUAACAUUACCUGUUACUACCAAAUGCAUACAAACGUCUAGUAUUUAAUAUUUAAAAAUCUCAGAUUUGCUUUUCAAGACGUACCAUUUUAUGGAGUUUGACACAUUUAUUGUCAUAAAGUCCCACAGAGUUGCACAAUAUCACUUGGAUGGACAUCAAUGUUGCUCCUCCCUACAGAUGAUGAUGGAAAGCUUAACCUGUAGUAAUGCUGUUAAUUACCCUCAUUAAUUCUUGUAAUCUUUCUGAUUCUGCAAUGGUGAGUUGCUUUUCAAUUUUAAAUUAUUUCUUUCCAUUUUCCUAACUAAUACAUUAUGCUAAACAUAAUCUUGUUUGUCUGUUUCAGGCAGAACGGCGGCCCAUUGUUUACACAUCCUUUGAAAAAAUACAUUUUGUGCUGGCAAAGCUCUUUGGUAAAGGUCAAAUUGUGAAGCAAUUUGAGAAUGAACAAUAGGACAUUUUAUUUACAGUACAAAUCGAUAAGUUACAUAUCAGGGAGCUCUAACGCAUAGACGCAUGCAGCCACACCGGGCCAGCAAUCUUUGCCAGCAACUUCACAGGCAAGUCUGGGAAAAGGUUGCGGGUCCACUUCGAUGGUGCCGCCCUCGCCGCCACCCUGAAGAACACAUGUCGUCAGCGACGUCACACUAGAUAUUGUGAACAUAUGGGCAAAUGUUUCUGCUUUCGUGGAUCGCCACAUGUCCCUCCAGAAGGGAGUACAUAUCUCAGGAUUGGGGACUUUUACAUUCUCACAGCAAAGGUUGGAUAUUGGACAUCGAUUGAUUUUAUUACAAAGGCCAGUAUUUGUGAUGUCUGAAAAAUUCCUGCAGAUCCAUGGAUUAUCGCGCGCAAAACAGCACGUAUCCGGUGACAUACCCAUCGUUAAACUUAAUUUUACAUUCCUUGCUUUGGAGAGUCCUUAUGAUCGAGAUACAGUUGAAGGAUGUGUCAAAGAGACUUUGCAGAUCAUGAAUCGUUAUAUCGCCUGUAACCGUGAUGUGAAUUUUCCAUUCAAAGAUAUUGGUGUGCUAACGAUACGAAAUAACAAGGUCAAAAUGAAGUUUUAUAGAGAAUUUCUUAAUGCCAUGGAUGGUACUGGAAAUUUAGUGAAAGCUCUUUCAAAUCGACCUGGAACUGCAGACUCGAUACAAUCUAUCAGAGAUGCGUGCUCAAUCCGGCCUGCUACAACUAAUUCCGUUCUGUUUCCCAGGAUUCAAACAGUUGAUGUCAAUGAUCGGAAAUCAGUGAUUCAGACAAUCAAAGAAGAAGAUGAAAUGGAAAAUGAGGAAAACCCUUGUGAACCUCAUAGAACUGAAAUAAGCAAAGAAAAUGAACAAACUGAAAAAAUGAAGGAAAAAGAGAAAGGUAGAGAAACAACAGAAAUGCCUCUUGUCAAGCACCCUACUGUUAGACAACCUCUGACUCCUGCUAAAGCCUCUUCUGUAGGUCUGAUGGACGAUUUUCAAAGAACUGUUGAACCAAAAGAUUUAUUGGAAAGGUUGUCUUCUCCAUAUCGUUCUUUAUCCUGUCAGUCUGCCAUUCACAGUACAAACAUGCAGGCAGCAAAGAUCAAGGCACCGCCAGCUACUGCCUGCUCUGAUCAUUGCCGGGCAGGACAGGAGCUAUGUUAUCUUUGCAUGCAACGAGGUCUGAAAAAUUUCCCAAUUGAUCUUUCGGAAAAUAGAAGAAGAAAAGGCCUGGAGGAGGAACAAUUACUGCAUCAAUAUCAACAAAUGAAGGACCAGGAGGCCCUUUUUCAGGAGCAGUGUGAAAUGUUGGCUGGCAGAGAAUAUAACCAAAAGAUUUCAGCAUUCAACGUAGGAGUCGCUGAGGCCAAAAAGAGACGGAAGAAUUCAAAAUGCAAAGAUACCUCUAACGGAUACAUAUUCCAAAAGAGACUCUUAACACCGCCAGUCAUUCUAAAACAACAGCAUUAUGCACAGUGUUUGAAAAACCAGAUGGAAGACAAAAGACAAAGAGAGAACAGAAAGAAACAAGAUGAAGAUUUUCUGGAUCGCUUAGAACAAGUACAGUUAGCUGAAGAUCUUGCUGUCCAGAGAGAAAUGUAUCUGAAAGAGAAACAGGAACAAAAAGAAGUCUAUAAAAUGGCACUGGAUAUACAGAGAAAAGAGAAAUCACGUCAGCUGCCAGCAUUUGUCCCUGAUUCUUCUGGGCCAAUUUUCGGUAGUUCUGACUUGCAAGGAAAGUCAGAAGAACAGAAGCAAGCUGCACGUAAUCUUUAUAAGGAGCAGGUGCAGGCUGCAGCUGAUCGUAAAAAAUAUGACAUUCUGAAUCAACUCUAUGAACAGAAAGCGGCAUCAGAAAUACUGGAGAGAAACAGGAAAAGUCUAUUGGAAGAACGUAAAAAGCGAUAUGAGCAUUUACAGAAAAUGCGUAGAACUUUAGAGGAAGCCUGGGAUGAAAAUGUAACUAUGAAACGAUUGAAAGAGUAUGAACAAAAACAACAUUCAAAAAUGGGAAGCAUUUUUCUACUUGAUCAAGUUAAGAAUUACCGGCGAUGUUUUCAGUGCAAGCGACGCUUAGCAAAUUGUGGGGAGACAAACAUCUGGAAUAAUGCAUUCUUUACAACUGGAGUAUAGGAAUUACUCUAUUCCCAAUAAGUAUGGAAAGUCAACUCCUAUAAAAAAAAAGAAAAAAGAAAAUUCUAAAAAUAUUUUAGCGAUUAAUAAUGUUUCAGUACAUUUCUUUAGUUUACUGUGAAGCUCUUGUUUUCAUGGGUGUCAUGACUCCUGCUGUAAUCAUGGUCAUGCAUUGUUAAUUACUUUUGUCUCAUCAAGAAGUUUUUUCACCAUCUUAUAAUAAAUUCAUAUUGCAACAUGGGUACCUUUGAAAUCAUUUCAACCCUUGAACACAUCGAGGCAACUAAAAACAAAAAGAUACUGCUUUGAGACUCUUAUUUAUGAGAUAAGAAUUUGGAUAUCAUUUAAUUUUUUAUUUAAAAUCUCUUGUAAGCUUCUAUGCUAAAAAAUGUCCAGAGCUGCAUAUAUUUGAAAUCAAAUGGUGGUUAUCUGGGCUACUUAGCAUUCAAAUUAAUUUUUAUGUUAAAUUUGACCAAUCUGAUCUCCACUUGGAGAUAAUUUUUAUUUCAUAGAAACAUAGAAAAUAGGUGCAGCUGGAGGCCAUUCAGCCCUUCAAGCCAGCACCGCCAUUCAUUGCGAUCAUGGCUGAUCGUCCCCUAUCAAUAACCCGUGCCUGCCUUCUCCUCAUAUCCCUUGACUCCACUAGCCCCUAGAGCUCUAUCUAACUCUCUCUUAAAUCCAUCCAGUGACUUGACCUCCACUGCCCUCUGUGGCAGGGAAUUCCAUAAAUUUACAACUCUCUGGGUGAAAAAAAAUUUUUCUCACCUCAGUCUUAAAUGACCUCCCCUUUAUUCUAAGACUGUGGCCCUGGUUCUGGACUUGCCCAACAUUGGGAACAUUUUUCCUGCAUCUGGCUUGUCCAGUCCUUUUAUAAUUGUAUAUGUUUCUAUAAGACACCCCCUCAUCCUUCUAAACUCCAGUGAAUACAAGCCUAAUUUCAGUUUUACAGACUUUGUUUUUUUCUAUAAUAAACUAUAACUUUGGGCAGAAACCUUAGAUUUGUGGCUUGGUUAUUAAACAGGCAUGUGGCUUUGUUCCCUAUUUGUUCCUUUGUUCCAAAGGUUUUACAGACUUUGUUUUUUUCUAUAAUAAACUGCAACUUUGGGCAGAAACCUUAAAUUUGUGGCUCAGUUAUUAAACAGGCAUGUGUCUUUGUUCCUUAUUUAUUUUCUGUACUCUAAAGAUUGACAUUCUGCAACGAGCUUCUGUUCUAGCUAUUCCUGCUGUAAUCAUGGUAAAAAAAAUUAAUGUUAAUUAACUAAAAUGAAAUAAGAACAGAAUAACAAAGUAAUAUAUAAGCAAUGUGGAAGACAUACUUAAGAGCUGUAAAACAAAGCUGUAUGCUUUAUAGAUAUAGACCGACAGAUUGUGUCUGUGCUAAGUUGAACAGUUUUUCCACAAUACUUGUUUUUGUUCAUGUUUAUAUGUCCCAUAAUUCACAUAGUAAGUAACCUAAGAGUACUCUUCAGGAUGUAAGCCAACUAUAAGGGGAUCUCAGGGAGUUGGGGAAUUAAAAAACACUUUUUCUUCUCUGUAAAGCUAUAAGGUUCUUCUGAAAAUCUGGAGUUAAACGCAACCAAAUUAGAGAAGGGUUGUUGAUGAAUUUCUACACAAGUUGUUAUUGGAAUAGAACAUCUUCAUUACAUUUUGGGACAUGAAGUGAUUUUUUUUUCCUGGGAUUCCAAACAAAACGGGACCAUAGAAUUGCAUCAGUCGGGUUUAUAAAAUAUCAAAUGUUAUCACGAUAUUCCUUAGAUCGAUACUUUUUAUCAAUGUGUACUUUAGGUUGCCUUAACAUAAUUAGGAUAUAAAAGAAGGAAGUAAAGGAAUGAAAUAUAAUCAAGGUUUAUAAAGCAAUAUUUGUUAAAUAUGUUAUGGUUAAUCUUUUAUGAUAGGUCUUUGGACUGUGUUGACUAAGAGCGAGAAGCAAUCAGUUUUCAGUUUUGAUUCUUUCAUGCCACAUUGAUUUCAUGUUGCUGCUUGUGUUAUUAUAUUGUAAUCCUCACAUGUGGGUUGGGAUAAUAUGGUGAAAAUGGCUUGUUUCUCAGAACAUUUCUACUUGACUAUUUUGAUAAACUGCCACAAUCCUUCUGGCUAAUGUACUCUCGUUGUCCUUUUGGAUCAAGACUGCUUUUAUAUAGAUACAGUGACAAUGAAGGAAUAACAUUGCUUGAAUAUCAGAGUUGUGGAAGGGAAAUGAUGUACUGGUAUUCCCAUGCAAAUAACUAAGUGAAAUAAGUCACUUCACUGUAAAGUUAAUGAUUGAGCGUAAAUGGCUGGGAUGGUAGUUUUCUAGAUUAGAUUUGGCUUGUCUUAUGAGGGCCUGGAAUGCCUUGGCUGUAGGUGCUGCUGUUUCUGGAAUGGUUCAGCACCACAGAUGCAAUAUUGUCAGAUCUCCAAGCAUUUGAAAUUAUUUGAGAUGAGGAGGUUCUGCACUUCACAUUGAACUGGAGCUGCCUCUCUAACUGGUGUUAAUGGUAGAAUCAUGGCUAAGGUGUGUUAUGAGGAUAUACAAUGCAUUGGAACACAUUUUUGCUGCUCCUGAUAGAUUGAAGAGUCAAUGUUAGUAUGUUUUGAAAGCUACUUCUGGUAGGAUAAGAUGAGUUUUGAAAUUAGCAGGGAUUAAUUGAAUUGAUUGGAAACUGGAUUCUGUGAUGACACCUGACAGAUCUCAGAGACUAUUUUUGAUACUUUUCAAAUUUGCCAUAAUUAAGGAGAUAUUCAUGAUACCUCCUCCUCUAUUUAACUGUUUAAGAAGGAACGUUUCGGGCCGAAACCCUUCUUCAGACUUUAACAUACUUUUUUUCUACCCUCUUAACUGAUUGGUUGUCCAUAGUUCUUGACUACAUGUGGGAGAACUACAGAUCUUCGAUCGGAUAUGUUGUUUGUGGCUCAUAGACAAUAGGUGCAGGAGUAGGCCAUUUGGCCCUUCGAGCCAGCACCACCAUUCAAUGUGAUCAUGGCUGGUCAUCCCCGAUCAGUACCCCGUUCCUGCCUUCUCCCCAUAUCCCCGAACUCGGCUAUUUUUAAUAUCCCUAUCUAGCUCUCUCUUGAAAGCAUCCAGAGAACCUGCCUCCUCUGCCCUCUGAGGCAGAGAAUUCCACAGACUCACCACUCUCUGUGAGGAAAAAGUGCUUCCUCGUCUCCGUUCUAAAUGGCUUACUCCUUAUUCUUAAACUGUGGUCCCUGGUUCAGGACUCCCCCAACAUCGGGAACAUGUUUCCUGCCUCUAGCAUGUCCAAACCCUUAACAAUCUUAUAUGUUUCAAUGGGAUCCUCUCUCAUCCUUCUAAACUCCAGAGUGUACAAGCCCAGCUGCUCCAUUCUCUCAGCAUAUGACAGUCCCGCCAUCCCGGGAAUUAACCUUGUAAACCUACGCUGCACUCCCUCAAUAGCAAGAAUGUCCUUCCUCAAAUUAGGGGACCAAAACUGCACACAAUACUCCAGGUGUUGUCUCACUAGGGCUCUGUACAACUGCAGAAGGACCUCUUUGCUCCUAUACACGACUCGUGUUGUUAUAAAGUAGAACAUGUUGGCCUCACUUAACUAUGUUGGGAUUAUGUUAUGCCUGGUGUUAAGCAUGCUUGAAUUCUUGCAUGAUAGCUUCUCCAUUUCGGCACAUCAUUAUAAGUAACUCUUGGCAUUGGUCCUGGCAUGUUUUCUCUGCACUCCUCAUUGAAGCAGGACCGCCCCCCUGACCUAGUGGUAAUGGUAAACUCAUGGCUACAGUGUGUCAUGAGGAUAUAGAGAGGGAACAUGAUUCUGCUGUUCCUGACAGACCAAAGAGCCAAUUUUAGUAAGUUAUUGAUAGGUACUUCAGGAGUGAUAGGAUGGUUAGAGAGUGUCUUGAAGUUUUUACCUGGCCAUUGCUAAUGGUCUGUCCUGUUUUAUUAUGUUUUGGGUUUUAUGCAGAUUAAUUAGGUAAAACGGGCAGAUUUUUGUUUCCCAAGCAUAUGAAUUAGUAUCAUGGUUUUUUAAUAACAAUAUGUAAUCUCACUGACACGAGCUUUUAAACAUCAGAUGACAUAAUUUAACUAAUCCAAAUUAUUUGAUUAGAGUGGUAACAUUGGUACCCAUAUCUCCUUCUUCUAGGAUCUGUAAAAAUGAGUCCAGUCACUUAUCCAUUAUGCUGUUGUCCCCAAUUCCCCUCCAGAUUAAGUUCUUCUUUGGCCAUCUGUUCUGUUUACCAUCUUGGAGUCCUGGUGUCAGAUUUUGUUUGGAAAUACUCCCGUGGAGUGUGUAAGGUCAUAGGUUGUUGAAAAUAAGUAUUGAUGUAUUCUGCAGGACAUUGAUUCCUGAUGUCAUUCAGAGACGGAGGAGAACUAAGAAUGUAUACAAAUUGGAACCCUGUCAUUAGUUUUCUUUGAUAAAAUUACAUGUCCUAUUGAAAUAUCAGUAGAAAAGUUACCAAUGGUCACAGUGGAUAGACCACAAUAUAUAAUUUUGAGGCUAGAAAUGUUCAGGGCUACUGUUUUUGUGUGCAGCGUGUAGAGAAAGUAAUUUUGUUUACCAUGUGAAAAUGUGAUACAAUAUGUUUGCUGCUAACAUGAUAUUCUGUACUACAUGAAACGGACAAGCCACAUUAGUGCCACAAAUGUGUUCGCCAAUGACUAGCUCUCGGGAGAAUCUAACCACCUAUACUUGACAUUCAUUGGUAUUACCAUUGCUGAGUCUCCCCAUCAAUAUUCUGAUAGCCAUCUCUGACCAGAAAGUCAGCUGAAUCUGCCACAUACAUAUUGUUGGUAUAAGAGCAAGGCAAAGGCUGAGUAAAGUGUGGCAAGGGACUCCCCUCCUGACACGCCAAGGCCUUUCAAUCAUCCACAAAUGGGGAGUGUGAUGGAAUACUUUUCACUUCCCCUAUUGAAAGUGAGCAGCACAAACAACUUGUAUGAAGCUCAAAACCACCCAAGACAAAACAGCCCAUUCAAUCACCAUAAACAUUAAUUCCCUCCUUUGAAGGUGCUCAGUGAUUGCAUUGUCUACUAUCUGCGAUUUCAAGAUCCAGGCCACUCGGACAACACCUCCCUUAUCAUUUGACUUCUACCAACAAGGCAGUAAGCAGGCUCACGGCAACACAGCAACACGUACCUUCCCCUCAGGGUUGCAUACUAUCCUGAUGCUGAACAUAUUGCCAUUUCCUCAUAGUCGCUGGUUCUAAAUCCUGGAACUGCCCAUCCUUCAGUGCUGUGGUAGCACUUCAUCGGAAAUGCUGCAGAGGUUCACAAAGGUGACUUUGCACUACCUUCUUUAGGGCAAUUAGGAAUGACAAUAAAUGCUGGCCUUACGUAUCUGACGACUUGAUAUCAAAAAAAAAUUAAGAACAAGAACUAAGUGUUGACUCUUUGCUUUGAGAGAUUGACAAUGAAACAGUACUUCAGGACUUUCAUAAAGCAGAAAUAAUAAGUAAUUUGAAAGUAAUGAGGUGACUUUCAAAUUACGUAUUGCUUGCUGCACAUCUAUUAAUAGUCAAAACAUUUUUUAACAAAUAGCAUUAUUUAUAAAUGCUAAGAACAAUACUAAUUGGCAGGAAACAACACAAAACUAAAUAUAAAAAACUGCAGGUUUGAUUAACCAUAAGAAUUAUACAGGGAGUUUUCUAUUAUGAUUUGAACUAAACAAGUUACUUUGUUUUACUUUGCAAAGAAGUGUAUUGCCUGAAGUACAAAGUACCACAAAAGCAUGUUGCAUUAUUUGUCUGCAUUAUAAUGAUUGUAUUAUUUAAAUGGCAUGAAAUUAAACAUAUUUGAAUGCAUUAAUUAACAUGUUUUUUUAAAUGACUGUUUCUGAUUUGUAAUCUUGUUUAUU